AUGGACCCGCUCUCGAUAGGCACAGGUGUUAUUGCGAUCGCGACCCUCGCUGCUCAAACAUGUUCCGCCCUCUCGGACCUGAGGUCGCUUUGCCAAAGCUUACCAGGUCGGCUUCAUGCGGUGAACAAUGAGGUUGCUGACCUUAACUUCGUCCUCUUCCAAGUCUCCCUAACUAUCGAGGACCGAGCUUGUCUUCCUGAAAACAACUUGUCGGCCCUCUCGCAUCUUUUGAACCGCGCAGAUGUAAAAUUGCAUGAGAUCAAAGACAUAGUCGUUCAACUGACCGAUGCUUGCCGUGCUUCUCGGAGCCCCAUAUUCAAAGCACACGCAUGGCGAAAAGAACAAGGCAGGCUACAAAUGCUCCAGGAAGAUAUCAGGACGAUCAAGGCAAAUCUAAACAUAAUGCUUGGUGCUUCUAACUCGUAUGUGAUGCAGCGUUGGUUUUACAGAUAG